AUGGCGAUACGAAUCUUGACGACUUUGACUUUAGGAACGCUUAGUCUACUGACUAACGCCCAAACCUUGAUUCCCGCGGAAAUAGACCCCUGCCUUGACGAUGGCUUCAACAUCAGUCAGUGGGUUGCAGACAACGGCAUUCCUCCUAAUUACGUCCCGAGCACGACUGAAAACAGUCCAAUCGUUGCCCAAAGAAUCCUAGAUCAACCUGUGACAUCGGAAACCGGGAGGUCAUAUUCGACCACCUUCAACCAGACCAGCGUGCUUUACAUGACUGGAGUUACUGCCGAACUUAUCCAGGCAGAAGUCACAAAGUUCGGAGCACCCGAAGACCUUGGCCGAUCCCUCGGAAUUGGCUACAAUUCAGCCAUUUUGGCCGGCGAAAGAACAAUUCUUCGGUUUUCUGGAAGAAUCGAAACACACAACGGAUCGAUAAACUUGUACGCCACAGGAGCCGGGACCUCGGCCACUCUCAAUGCCCCCCGACUGUACAGCAGUGGCCCUGGUGCUAUCGGGCUUUACUCUGUCCGGGGUGCCGCUCUUACUGUCACUGACUUCCGCCACUGCUCGGGAGGCUUCCGGUCGCCCACUCUCGCUGGGCUCAAUAUAGACAGCCGUGGGGGUGUUGCCCACACCACCGGUCCGGGCUCUCCGUUGAUCUACUCUUUGGGGCGAACAAUGUCAAACAACUUGACCGGGUGGGCCGAAAAUUCCCCUGCCGUUAUCAUGGAAGGACCCCAAUACGUGCACCUAAGCGGUAACACGAUCACUUCAGGAGCGAUCAGUGGCGUCCUCUUCUUCGAUUGGGCUGUCACCGCAGAGCACGGUACUGGCACGAUGGAGGCGACUUCUCUCCGGCUUACGGCCCGCGAGGGCCCAGCCUUUUACCUUGCAAGCUUUUCCGCAGAGAUCACAUUGGUGGAUGCCAGGAUCGAUAAUCCUUCCGGAAUCCUGCUUCAUACAGAUACAAACACAGUAUCAAGAGAUAUCGAGAGGAUCGAGCCCCAACGCUGGAGCGGGAACCCCAUCGCGUCCAACUCAUCACUCACCAUCAUGCAAACAUAUGCCGUUUCUGGCGAUAUUGUCACGCAAGGCGGCUGCACUAUACUUGUUCAAUUACUGACCAACAGCACCUGGGAGGGUGGAGCAAACGCGUCUCUCAUCAACAACCGUGGGGGAGUGACCGUGCGGAUCGAUGAGACCAGCACCUGGGUUGUUACCAAGGACUCGUUCAUCCGAGGCUUGUCGGUCAUCCGUGGUGAUCUUGAACGGAUUGUAGACAGAAAUACAACCGUAGUGUAUGACAAGUCGGCGCCAGAGAGCGCAUGGCUCCAAGGGCGGACUUACACCUUGAAGAAUGGUGGACAGCUACGACCUUGGAACUAA